AUGUUUCUGCAACAACUUGUACUCCUUGCCGCCGCCGUUGGCUUCGUCAGCCCGGUCGCAGCCCAGUCGUCGACAAAGACGGAGAAGUCGACCGUGUGGCUGCCGCCGCGCUCCACACGCGCCGGCGAAAACAUUUACGCGUCCGUCAUCACGGCGGCUCCGUCAUCGACCGAGUUCCUGUUGGCAUGCACGUCAAACUUUCGAUCAGCGGCGUCGUGCUCGCAGUUCAGCGGCGUGACGCUGACCUACGGCAACAGCACCAUGAAGAUCGGGUUCAGAUCUGAAACAUUCGACUGCACGCGAGGCUCGACGGCGAGAUGCUCUGUUGGUGGCGCUAACAACGCCGCUGCCGCCGAGACAGUUCUCUCGAGCUCCGAGUCUGCCUCGUGGUCGACGGCGAUCACUAUCAUCGCCGGUAACGAUAAACUGAACAGCGCGAAGAGCAAGACAUCGUCGACGUCGACAACGCCUGCAUCGGCGGCGACGUCAACAGCCAAUGGCGUGUGCAAGCGCGCGACGACGGGCGAUGUUGACGGCGGCACCAAUAGCGCGACGAAGCCCAAGACCAACCACAACAAUGGCGAUGAUGGUUGUUCUGGCGCCAACAGCAAUUUCGCUGGGCUACCAACGAUCAUGGCUGGUGUUGCGUUGGUUGUCGGCGUCGCCGUGACCAUCUACUUGUAA